CCUCCUCCUCAUCGGACAGUGAUGAAACAAAACAAUCCAACAUGCUGAUCUUCUACAAAGUUUGUCCAGCGGUCAUCACACCAUCCAACAUCCACGAGGUGAUAUCGUUCACCUCAUUGAUCGGUUCACCACUCAGCGGUUUCUACCACAGUUUGAACCGCAUUUUCGCUCCCGCUCUCCUACAAUCUGACAACGAAUCAGUGGGCCCCAAAAUGCAGACCCUCCUCACCGACCUUGAAACCAGUUUGCGAUCAGCUGUUUUCAAAUCAGCUGUUAACAACGAGGACCGCACGAGUUUAAGUCAGGCGUCAAAUGUCGGCGACGAGUUCAAAUUUUGGACGAGUGUUGUGGAGUUGGGGAAACGGAAGAGUGAUAAGGAGAAGGCGAGGUUUUUUGUGCAAGUUUUGAAACCACUUUGUGAAGCUGUGGAGGAUGGGGAAAAUACGGAUUUGGAUGAUAUUUCGGAACUAGCCUACAAUACAGUGGAUGAUUUAUGGAAAGCGGAUGAAUACAGAUUCCCACAAACCCGUAUGGAGAAUCUUAUGGAGAUAAUUGGGAGAACGUUGGCUACACUGGUCAUCACCCGGAUUAAAUCUACAGAUUUAUGGAAGGGAGCCUACGUGGACGUUGAGGAACUACUUCUGCAAGGCAUUUCGUGUUGUACUAAGUGGCCUGAGAUGUGCGAACGUUUAACGUCCCUAUUCUGGCCCCACCACUCUCUUCACCCCUGGUCGGGCCAACCUUUCCGGCCGGACUACAUCAGUAAAUUUGCCGAACGCUUGAAAUCGAUCCGAAAAGUACGCACAGUACACAGACAGAUUUCCAGACUGUUAUCCCCGGCUGAGAUCACUGAUUUCAAACUGGACACUAGUUUCAAAUGUUUCAUGGAUAUGAAUGUGUUGAAUCUGAGUCCUUACAACGAGGUGACUUGGCGUAACGCGGAGAAACACUUUGAAAAUUCUAUCAAACCAGCUGAGGAACAUGUUGCUAGUAAAAUAUUACAACAUUUUCAGAGUGUCAACGUGAAUACUAUGCAAUUGUUGCAGGAGUUUAGGAAGUAUCAGGAGUUGAUUGAGCGACCUCUAGUGCGUGAGUUAUUAACUCCCCAACGAGAAUGUCUGUUAGGUUUGUUACAAGACCAUGUAGCUAAGUUGAACGCAGAUGGGUUUGAUGAUAGGUGUAACUGGAGUAUUAACUACGAUAUGUCACCACUGGUGAAAAAGAUAUACUGGUUACACCAGCAGGAGGCACAGAUUGGUCAGGUUGAGAAGACGAUCUCGUUCGUUUUAAAGGAUUUGAACGGUUAUAACGAGCUGGAGGAGGGGGUGAAAGGUGUGAGGAAACAGUUGAAAGAUGCCAUAUCCGAGUUGUUAGAUAGUUGGACAAGGGAGGUAGGGUCAGCCAUAGCGGGGAAAAGGUUGGGGUUGAGAACCUCGGAGCCUGUCGUACAGUUUGAACAGGGGAAGUUGAUGAAGGUAAACUACAAUCCACAGUUGGUAGCACUGGUGAAAGAUGUGAGACAGAUAUCAGUGUUGGGGUACAAUGUACCAGCAUCUAUAGUUGAAACAUCAGUGAUGGCGCGGAGUUUCAUCAACCAGGCACGAUCCUUGCAACAAGUUGCCACAUUCCACAACACGAUCGGCGACCGCAUGAUAGUGUCGCAACGACCCAUGAUGUUGGCCGCAGCGGUCGAGUUGGCACGACUUGUUCGUGAGCAACACAGUGUCACCUGGAAGAACACGACCGCCGUUGACGGUUACAUUAAAAAACUACAAUCAGCUGUUGACAGAUUGUACAAGGAGAACACACAACUGGUCACCCAUCACAACAAGAUCAACAACGUUGUGAUGACACUGAUGGAGACGGAUCUGUUGCGGCAGCAGCAGAGGUGGAAGGAGGGGUUACGAGAGAUACGGGAGAUAAUGUCGAGGGUUGAAGAAGAUUUCACCAACACUAAAUCGUGGAGAAGUCAUUGGGAUCACCAGAUCUACAAAGCACUAGAGUAUCGUUACAGAGUAGGUUUAGAACGUUUGAACGAACACCUCCCCGAGAUCAGAACCGACCUAGUUUACAGACAACAACAGCUAACUUUCAGUCCCCCCAUUGAAGACAUCCGUAUGAAAUAUUAUCGACAACUGAAACAUUUCCUAGCGAUACCGUUAUCGUUGAGAGGCGUAAGUGACGCGAAUAUUUUCCCAUCAAUCAUUGAUAAUAACGCGCACAGAUUUGUGAGGGUUUUCGAGAAAGCCAAGGAUUUAUUUGCGAGGGUGUUAGCGGUUUGUGAUGAGUGGCAGGAUUGGGUGGCGCUGGGCAGUGUAGAUUGGGAUUUGCUGAUUGAGCAUAACUUACAAACCGCUGAUGAUUGGGCGCUGAAUUUUCGAGCUUCAAAAGCGUUGGGUCAACAGAUCGCAAAGUUAUCAAGCAGUGAAAGGAAAGUUGAUUGUAUUGUAAUUAGUGUAGCCCCUGUGAGGGCUGAGGUAGAAAUGCAUAAUCGAAGAUACUGGGAUAUACUUUCCAGUAGCCUACACUCAUCAGUCAUACAAGAUGUGAGCAAACUUGAGAAUUUCAUAUUGGAAUCGAAAUCUAGUUUGGAGAAAGCUCCACAAAGUUUACAGGAAGUGGGUGAGAUUAAUAGCAAGUUUGAAAGUAUCUCAGAGUCGGCUAAAAAUAUGUUCACACUAAUCGAGUCGGCUGACAAAAAGAACAAGAUUCUAGCUAGUUGGACUAAAGAACAUGUAGACGAGGUUUCUCGUAUGUCUAUGUUAUGGGAGAAUUUCCAGGGCUUACUCAGUAAUCAACAGUAUAUAAUUUCAAAACAGGUGGAUAUGAUGAAAAGUAACCUAGUGUCAGACGCUGAGAGACUUCAGAGUGAGAUAGAGAGAUUUGCGCUGAGGUGGGAGCAAAUGAGACCGAGAGAGGACAAUUUUCACGAGGAGGUUCAGGGACAACGGGUCAUGCAACUAUUGAAAGAAAAGCGGGAAAAAUGGGAUGAACUGACUCAGUCUGUGAAAACUAUGAGUGAAGAUUUUGUGAGGUUUGGGAUAAAAGAUGAGCUACCUGAUUUUAUGGACGUUGAUAAGGUGGAACAAGAUUUAAAACACCAUGAAAGUACCUGGGCGUUGUAUAGUGAGUUCACAACUGAACUAACUGAGAUGGGGAAUGAAGAGUGGAUAGUUUUCCGCGGGAAAUGUCAGACAUACAUGGAUAAAUUCAUCACAAAAUGGUGUAGUAGAAUCACAGAUAAACCGGCCUCAUCUGUAAGUGUGUAUCUCAUGCAGGAGUUGGAUAGUAUCAAAGAAAUGCUCCCUAUAGUCAAAUUUGUGAGGGGAGAAAUGUUUUCAGACAAACAUUGGAUGGAAAUGUUCAAUUUGUUGGGGUUGCAAUACAUGCCACCUGAACAAAUAACCUUCAAUGAUAUACUACGUGCUAAAGUAAAUAUUAUUAAAAACAAUUCUCUACUCCAAGAUUUAAACAGUCGAGCAGCUAGUGAGAUAGUAAUACGGCAGGCAUUGUCAGAUUUGGAUAUCUGGGAAGUGGAGGCCAAGUUCACAAUGAUACCUCACACUGACUGUCAUGGAGAAGUGAUACACUUGAUUAAAGAUUUCAAUGACGUCAUGACUAGAGUGGGUGAUAACCAGUGUUUGUUACAAUCUAUAAAAAGUUCCCCAAAUUUCGACGAUUUUAUAGACAGGGCACGCAUAUGGGAAACCCGAUUGUCAGAUUUAGACAACAACCUACGUAUGUUAAAUCAGGUGCAACGAAAAUGGAUUUAUUUGGAACCUAUCUUCGGAGCCGGUACUUUGAAAGUGGAAAGCUCACGAUUUGAACGCGUCGAUAAAGAUUUGAGAAUAAUUUUGAACGAUUUGUUCAAAGGUGAUCAUCGAGUGAUAAAUUUGUGUAAGAUGUCGAAUUUGAGUAACACCCUAAAUUCGGCCUGUCAACAUUUGACAGUGUGUCAGAAAAAUUUGUUGCAAUUUUUGGAGGAAAAACGAAACAAAUUUCCGAGGUUCUACUUUAUUGGUGAUGAAGAUCUGUUAGAAAUACUGGGGCAAUCCCAGAAGCGACAUGUUAUUCAAGCGCAUUUGAAAAAGUUGUUUUCUGGGAUACAUAGUGUGAAGUUUGAUAAUGAUAACAGUAUCAUAGCUAUGUGUUCCUUACAGGGAGAGACAGCCCUGGAGAACCCUGUAAUUUUGACAGCGAACGUAGAAGAAUGGUUGUCUGAGUUAGCUUUGGAAAUGACAAGAACAUUGAGAAAGUUGGUACAGAACUGUUUAGAAUCCCCGGAUCCCCUACUCUAUCCAUCCCAAGUACUGUGUCUAGCCGAGAGAGUAUCGUUCACAAAACGUUGUGAAGAAUCCAUCAAGAAAAAACACUUGGAUUCCCUGUUGAAAUCACUGCAGGCACAAUUAGAAGCCUACACAAAACAACAAAACGAAUGGCGGGUCAUGUCCAGUGCUAAAGACGAGGAAAACAAUUUGGGGGUACUGGAAUUGAAAUUGAAAUCGUUACUGAUCGACACAAUCUAUCAUAAAGAUAUUGUGAUUGAGUUAUUGGAGGCGAAUGUAACCGAUGUAGAAGACUGGAACUGGCAAAGGAGGUUGAGAUUUUAUUUGAAUCGAUUGGGAGAGAUUGUUGUGAAAAUGGUGGAUGUUGAGUUUACCUACUCCCAUGAAUACCAGGGCAACGCGGCGAGGUUGGUUCAUACACCGUUAACCGACAAAUGUUAUCUAACGUUAACACAGGCUAUGAGCGCUGGUUUGGGGGGAAACCCGUAUGGACCGGCAGGAACAGGAAAAACUGAAUCUGUAAAAGCACUUGGCAUGCUACUAGGUCGCCAGGUAUUGGUGUUCAACUGUGACGAAGGUAUAGAUGCUCAAUCUAUGACACGGAUUUUGAUAGGGUUGGUUAAGUGUGGAUCUUGGGGGUGUUUUGAUGAGUUUAAUCGACUAGAUGAGACCACAUUGUCGGCGAUUUCGAUACAGAUUCACACAAUACAGGAAGCAUUACGCAAAAAAUCGAAGACUGUUAGUUUACUAGAACAGGAGGUGAACGUUGAUCACAAAACUGGUAUUUUUGUAACAAUGAACCCUGCAGGGAGGGGGUACGGGGGUAGACAACAGCUCCCCGACAACCUAAAACAGUUAUUCCGACCAGUAGUCAUGUCUAAACCCGACGACACAAUAAUCGCACAAACUAUUCUGCAUUGUGAAGGUUUCAAACAAGCUGGGGAGAUUGGUAAUAAGUUGGUAACGUUGUUUUCUAUGGCGAAAAAACUGUUGUCAGAGCAACAGCACUACGAUUGGGGGUUGAGAGCGUUAAAAACUGUUGUGGCAGGUUGUGGAAAUGCUCUACGUGAGUAUUUUGUUGAGAAAAAUGAGGAAAUUGAUGAAAAUGUUGAAAUGAAACUGGCUGUGAGGGUGGUACGGUUGAAUACAUUGUCGAAACUGACGUUCUCAGAUAGUAGGAGGUUUGAUAUGUUGAUAAAAGACACGUUUCCGUCAGUUGAGUUUGAGCUGUUUGCACAUGCUAAACUCACAGAAGCUGUGGAGAGUGUUUAUGAUGAAUUCAAUCUUACCCCAAAUAAGUGGCAGGUCAGGAAGUGUACAGAACUGUAUGAACAGCUGAUACAGAGGAUGGGUGUUGUCGUAGUGGGACCUCCAGGUUCCGGUAAGUCUACCGUCAUCAAACUACUGAAAAACGCGUUGAAAAAGAUGAAUAUCACAGUGAAACAAAGUGUAAUCAACCCAAAAGCUAUGAACCGAACACAAUUACUGGGUCAAACCGAUCCUGAUACUAGACAAUGGAUAGAUGGAGUAUUGAGUAGUACUUCUCAAAUCGCUUACAAUGUUCCCCCUGACGUACAAUACUGGAUAGUGUUUGACGGAGAUGUGGAUCCUGAAUGGAUAGAAUCGUUGAACUCAGUUUUGGACGACAAUCGGUUGCUAACUUUACCGUCAGGAUGGAGGAUACAGUUUGGACCUAACGUACAUUUCUUGUUUGAAACUGAUAGUGUUCAACAUGCGUCACCAGCUACCAUCUCACGUAUGGGGGUGAUUCUACUCAGUGAGGAAGAUUUAGACACUAAAAGUUUAGUAGAAUCUUGGUUGAAAUCUCAACCAGAAGAAGAUCAAUCUGUUUUACAAAAUUUCACCUCAGAUUAUCUCUACAAAUGUGUGGACUGGGUGUUGAACGAAAACCAUAAUAGAAUUGGGGAGAUUAAAGCGAUAUCUGUUGUGAAAAACGGGUUAUCUAGGUUGACGGGAGCUACAAGUAGGGCGAAGUUCGCGUACAGUUUAGCAGCCGGGUUGGGAGCCUUGUUGUCACCCACUUAUCGAGAAUCUUUCUACAAAUUUGUGUUUGAUCUCACCGGUGAACUGAUUGCUUCAAUGGAUUUGUCAGAUUCAUUGAUACAAAAUUGUUACUACGACGAGAGGCGGGAUUGUAUCGAUAUUUACUCAACUUUAACCAACUCAACAACAAAUUUUGACACAAACAAACCUUAUUCACUAGUACUUACAGGGCAAGUACAGGCUUGUAUUGAUACAAUACUAGAUUGGCUACAAAUGAAACACCCCCUAAUACUGUACGCACCUCCCGGUACUGGCAAAAGUAUACUCCUUGACUACUGUUUCUCAAAACUACACAAUUACAAAGUGGCCACAAUACACUGCAGCGCUAACAUCACACCCUACCACUUGCUUCAAAAACUAUCACAACUCUGUAUUAUAGUUUCUAGUAGUACAGGCCGUGUAUACCGUCCGAAAAGCUCGGAAUACUUGAUUCUACACUUCAAAGACAUCAACCGAAUACAACCAGACCGUUGGGGAACUUGCAUGUUGAUACAGUUUUUACAACAGUUUUUAUCCUACAAAGGUUUCUACGACAGUACUCUAGAGUGGGUAGCGUUCGAGAAUAUACAAAUUGUUUGUAGUGUGUCAUCGUUGGAGUCUAUCAGCCAACGAUUUUUGUCAAUGAAUAGAAUCUAUUGCUUAGCUUCUCCUGAGAAAAACGAGUUACAAGCGAUUUACAACUCUUAUAUUAAAUCGUUAUUAGGGAGUAACAAUAAGAGUUCAAGCAUUGCAGGUGCUAUGAUAAACAUUUAUGAAGCUAUUAAAAGUACGUUCAAUAAUAACUUGUCAAACCCUCAUUAUAUUUUCACACCACGUGAUUUGACUAGAUGGUGCAUGGGGAUGUUGAGAUAUCCUCUACAACAGGAACACACUAGUCAAUGCACAAUUGAAGCAUUGUUGUAUGAGGCGGAAAGAAGGUUCAAACAGCGUAUGGUUAGUGACGAGGAUAGAAAUAAGUAUGACAAUAUAAUUUCGACCGUUCUUGAAUCUGAUUGGUCAAUGUUGCAGACUAGAGGUGGUGGGGGUGGAGGGGCGGUAUUUAUAUGUGAUCAAAAUGGAGUGAAUUUGAAUAUGUUCACGAGGCUGGAAUCUAAUGAUUGGGAGAUAUUGGUGAGACAAGAAGUGACAAGAUUAGGGUUGGUAGAUAUUGUAAUAUUACCAGAAUUGAGUAAACUUGUAGCAAAUAUUGAACAAUCUCUGAGCAACCCGGGGGAGUCUUUGCUACUAGUGGGACAAGCAGGAUAUGGACGUAAAACAGCCCUAAAGAUCGCUGCAUCUCGUUUGAACGCUACCCUAGUUUCUCCCAAGAUCGGACCCAAAUACUCGAUUUCAAACUUCAAAAACGAUUUGAAAAAAGUGAUGCAAACAGCCGGAAUCGAUGGGGAACAAGUGUAUUUACUAUUGGAGGACCACCAGCUGAUCCAAUCCGAGUUCAUGGAUAUGGUGAACAGUUUAUUGUCUUCAAGUGAAAUACCUGGGUUGUAUCAUAGUGAUGAACUGGAAUCUCUAACCGGUGCUAUAGGUGAUCUGGCAGAACAGGAUAACUUUGACGGUACAACAGUUGAGUACUUCACACACAGAGUGUCUAGGAACUUACAUGUAGUGUUAUUACUAGAUUCAACAGGUCCGAAAUUCAGUCAACAACUAACUUCCAACCCAGCUAUGCUGAAAAACUGUCACAUUAUUUGGUUAGAUGAAUGGUCAGUGGAGUCAUUCAGAUUGAUACCUAGUAUGAUGAUAGGUAGGGAGAAAGACGUGUUGAUCACUGAUGAUUUGGUGGAGAUAUUUGUUGAGAUACAUAAACAAGCGUGUGGUUCAAGUGUGUUGAGAAGGAAUAUCUGUCCGAAACAGUAUUUUUCGUUGGUAAUCAUGUAUGAUAAGUUGGUGACAGAGUUUAAUGAUAGUAUACAGAAGAGGAAGGAACGGUUACAAGCCGGGAUUUCUAAGCUGAGUGACGCCAAAAAUGUUGUGGCGAGGUUGAAGUUGGAGGCUGCUGAACAAGAGAAAUUGUUGGGUGAAAAACAGGAGAAAGCUACAAGAGCACUGGAGAUGAUAACGGAAACAAUGUCGAAUACUAAUACCCAGAGAGGACAGAUGGAAGUUUUGAAGGCACAAACUGAGCAGGAAAAUGAUGCAUUGAUGGCGAGAAAGGCUGAAAUUGAGGCUGAGUUACAGGAGAUCGAACCACUGAUCAAGGAGGCAUGUGCAGCAGUGGGUAACAUCAAAUCUGAGGCGCUUUCUGAGAUACGAUCGUUGAGGGCUCCUCCUGAUGUAAUCAGGGACAUAUUGGAAGGUGUGUUGCGGUUAAUGGGGAUACAAGACACGUCUUGGAAUAGCAUGAAAACGUUCCUGGCGAAACGCGGUGUUAAAGAGGAUAUACGUUGUUUUGACGCACAUAAAAUCACACCGGAAAGCAGGGAGUCAGUGGAGCAGAUGUUGGCGGAACGUAGGGACUCGUUCAACGCUAAAACGGCGAAACGUGCGUCGGUUGCUGCUGCACCGUUAGCUGCUUGGGUGACAGCUAACGUGAAAUACUCGAAAGUACUCGAGAAAAUUCGUCCCCUCGAACGAGAACAAGCAAAACUGGAGAAAAAUUUAAAAUCUUCCGAGGACCGCAUUGUGAAACUUAGUAGCGGUUUACAAGAUGUUGAUCAAAUAGUCGCGGAGUUGAAGGUGAAGUUAAAUACGUUCACAAAAGAGGCUGCAGAGAUUGAGAUACAUUUGAAUAAAGCACACGAAACUAUAUCAGCAGCUGAGGUACUAGUUUCUAAGUUAGACGACGAAUAUUCAAGAUGGAAAGUACAGUUGAAUGAGUUGUCCGAUAAUCUAGAAAAACUCCCAGCCAACAGUUUACUAGCAGCUGCUUCAAUCGUGUAUCUUUCUGCAACGUCCCAGGAUGUACGUGGUAGUUUAUUGGAGACAUGGGGGAGGAUCCUUGGUUUACACAAUUUCUCUCUAGUUAGUUUCCUGGGGAAGGAAAGCGAGAUGAUACAGUGGCAAUCGGAAGGUUUACCUUCAGAUCAACUAUCAAUUGAAAACGCUUUGGUAGUCAUGAAUUCAGAAUCGUGUCCAAUUCUUGUGGAUCCCACAUGCCAGGCUCAAAACUGGCUCGAGAAACGGGUGUACAAGUUACGAGAAGGGAAACCAACAGCGGUUGAAGUUGUUUCCUACUCCAGUCCUAGAUUGUUCACCGUUCUAGAGUUUGCCAUACGGUUUGGUAAGAUACUAGUCGUGAACGAGGUUGUGAAAAUCGAUCCAUUUUUGUAUCCUAUACUCAGAGGAGAUUUUACCUAUCAAGGACCUCGUAAAAUGGUGCAAUUAGGUGAUAAAAACGUUGAUUACAACCCUGAUUUUAGGUUGUUUCUAACUACAAGAACAAUAGAUACUAGCAUUUCUCCUGAUGCUUUAGCCUACAUAACGAAAGUCAACUUCAUGACAUCUUCAGCAGGUCUAGCCCAACAAUUACUAGCCUGUGCACUGAAUACCGAGCAACCGGAGUUGGAGGAACGUCGUAAGGAGCUUCUACACCAGGAAGAAAAUCUAAAACUACAACUGGACGGUAUGCAGGAGAACGUUCUAAAUCGUUUAGCAUCAGCUGAUGGAGAUAUAUUGGAGAAUCGAGAGCUGCUGAACUCACUAAACGAAACUAAAAGAAGUAGUGUUAUGAUACAAGAAUCUUUGGAGGAGUUUGUAAAGCUACAAACAGAGCUUAAAGAGCAUUGUAGUGUGUAUCAACCGCUAGCCGAGUACGCAAGUAAUUUAUACUUUGCUAUAGCAUCCCUACCUGCUUUGAACAGCAUCUACUGCAUAUCAGUCAACGCGUUUCUGCGUCUAUUUCAAACCUCACUGAAAUCUAGUAAAGAUGUAGAAAGUGACAAUAAAUGCUCCCAUCUAUUACACAUUGUUUACUACCAUGUUUCAAGAUCUUUAUUCAGGUCAGACCAUUUGACAUUCGGACUACAUUUGGCGCACAGUAUGAAUCCCAACCUGUUCAAACCCAACGAAUGGGAAUUGUUCACUAGACAAUCGAAUAUAUCAGAGUUUAAGGUUGAUUUGACAAGUGGAAACGAGGGUGCCCCUAAAUGGAUAGAUCAGGAACGUUUGUAUGAUGUGAAUCUGUUCCAUUGUACGUUCCCAGACUUGUACAAAAGUUUGAGACUGGAUGAAGAGAAAAUUUGGAAAGGGUUUCCACGUUCCACUACACUGAAACCACCUGUGAAUUUAUCUCUUUUUCAAGAGGUGCUACUUGUACAAGCGUUAUCCCCCGAUUAUCUAUGUACAAGUCUUGUAGAGUUCACUUGUAAAGCGUUGGGGUUGGACUCGCUAUCAGCUCCACCUCUAAGUUUACAAGAGCUGUACAAAGAAUCAGUUGCCGAGGAACCGAUUAUGAUCAUCUCAGGACAAGGAAGUGACCCCUCCUCUGAGCUGCGUCACUUGGAGGAGACCGUUUGUCCCACGAACUGUUAUGAAGUUGCAUUGGGCGAGGGGCAGGAGAGGGAGGUUUUAAGAUUGCUCAAGUUGGCGGCAGUGGAUGGGUCAUGGUUGGUACUGAAAAACGUGCACUUGAUGACUGGGUGGUUGGCAGAACUGGAGGCUGAGUAUAGGUUACUGGCAGAUGUAAACAAAAAUUUUCGGUUAUGGUUAACUACACAACCCCACACUUCCUUCCCAUCUCUUUUAAUUUCACAAUGUUUGAAAGUAACCUAUGAAGCUCCACCAGGGGUGAAACGCAACAUGCAACGUACUUACGGCACCUGGGAACAAGAUCCCAUGCUACAAACUUCAAUACCUGGUCCACUAUUCAACCUAGCUUGGUUCCACGCGUUAGUCUUAGAACGCCGCACAAUUAUCCCACAGGGUUGGGUGAAGUUUUACGAGUUCAACGAAACUGACCUAUCAGCUGCUCUACAAAUUAUGAAGACAGUCCUAGAAAAAUCUGGGGGAAGUAAACUGGGAGUUAACUGGCAAUUUUUUAAGGGGUUAUGCGAGGGAGCUGUGUAUGGUGGUAGAGUUGACAACACAUAUGAUCUACGAGUUUUAUCAGCGUACUUGGAUAAGUUUUUCACCAACGAUAGAACAACCUCGUUGAGCCUAGGUAUAGAUCUACCACAAACUAACAAUAUUCGAGAACAUAUUAGAACAAUCGACAAAAUCCAAGAUGUAGAUUCACCCUCAUGGUUUGGAUUACCUGCCAAUGUAGAUCGUAGUUGGCAAAGGAAUACAAGUGCACAAGUUAUCAGUCAACUGCAAUUGUUGAUAUCAGAAACUUUAGACCAAAGUUUGUCUAGUUCCAUCAAUGAUUGGCAUCAUCACCAAUUAAACCCUGUUUUGAAUCUUUGGAAGAAGCUAAACCAAGGUGUACCCCUUUUAAAAAUGAAGGAACCUAGUUUAAAUUUGGAUGAAGAACAACACCAGGACAUAUCUGAUGAUCCUCUACAAUCGUUUGUACAAUCUGAGUUCAGGUUUGCUUUGAAGCUUGUGCAUUAUAUUCACUCAGGUUUAGCGGCGAUAACAAGGGUGUUGAAGAAUUCUUCACAGCCUACUUCGAGAGUGAACAGUUUGGCUCAAGCGUUAGUCAAACAUCAGGUGCCUGAAGAAUGGGAGAAUCUGUGGAGAUGCAGCGCUGUCAACGAUUCUAUGAGAUACUUGAGGUCAGUUAUGACACGAGCUAUGGCUGUGCAUAGUAUGGUUUCACAUAAAAGUGUGACACUAACCUCACUAGAUUUGGCAGAUAUUUUUCACCCGGAAACCUUGUUGAACGCCCUACGACAACAAACUACAAGAUCCUUGAAAGGUACAUGCAUCGAUGAACUACAUUUGAAAUGUUCGUGGUCGCCGAUUUCAUCUACGAAAGAUAUAACUUCUAGAACCGACCAACCACAGCUCACGAUUUUAGGUUUGCAACUUGAGGGAGCCCAGUUCGAUUCACAUUCGUUGUCGGCUAAUACGGCGGAUUCUCCCGAUGUAACAGUGGCUCCGCCCCUUUUGCUAUCGUGGUCCAAGAGAGUUCUGGUGGAUGGUGAUGAUGAAAACAAUGUACUCAAAGUGCCUCUCUACUCUUCUGUUGAUCGUGAGAAUUUGAUUACCGAGUUGAGUGUACCCUGUCAGCCUAAUGAGAAGCAGAAGUGGAUUUUGGCUAGUGUUGCUUUUCAUAUUAGAAACUGAACUGAAGGAGUUUUAAAAAUAUGUAAUAUUUAUUAAAAAACCUUUCACAUCAAAAAUUGCAGGGGAUUCUCAAUCUAUCUAUCAUUAGAGACUAUUUCACAUCAAUACUUAUUAGGGAUUUUGAAUACAUUUCUUUUUUAGAAAAAGCUAGUUUGAAGAAGACAACAGUCACAUCUCAGAGGUCUAGUCGAUAGUAGAGUUGUUAUAAUAAGUACACUAUGUAGAAGUUGGAAAGUAUGUGAUGUUCAUGUUAUUCAAUAAAAUUUAAUUGGAAAAAAACUGGGAUUUAAUUAUUUUCUUAGUCACAUCUCAGAGCUCUAGUCGAAAGUAGAGUUGUUAUAAUAAGUACACUAUGUAGAAGUUGGAAAGUAUGUGAUGUCCAUGUUAUUCA